CGCGCGGGGCCGGAGGGGCCCGGAGCGGGGCCGGGCGGCGGCGGCGGGGCCGGACGGGACAUGGCGGCGCGGGCCGGGCCGCGGGAAGAUGAAUAAGGGCUGGCUGGAGCUCGAGAGCGACCCCGGUCUCUUCACGCUCCUGGUCGAAGAUUUUGGGGUCAAGGGGGUGCAGGUUGAGGAGAUUUACGAUCUGCAGAGCAAGUGCCAGGGCCCUGUGUACGGCUUCAUCUUCCUGUUCAAGUGGAUCGAGGAGCGCCGGUCGCGCCGCAAGGUCUCUACCCUGGUGGAUGAGACGUCGGUGAUCGACGAUGACAUCGUUAAUAACAUGUUCUUUGCUCACCAGCUGAUCCCCAAUUCCUGUGCCACCCACGCCCUGCUGAGCGUCCUCCUGAACUGCAACAAUGUUGACCUGGGCCCCACGCUGAGUCGCAUGAAGGAUUUCACCAAAGGAUUCAGCCCUGAGAGUAAAGGCUAUGCCAUCGGCAAUGCCCCCGAGCUGGCCAAGGCCCACAACAGCCAUGCCAGACCAGAGCCACGGCACCUGCCGGAGAAGCAGAACGGCAUCAGCGCUGUGCGAACCAUGGAGGCUUUUCACUUUGUCAGCUACGUCCCCAUCAAGGGACGGCUGUUUGAGCUGGACGGGCUGAAGGUCUAUCCCAUCGACCACGGGCCGUGGGCUGACGACGAAGAAUGGACAGACAAAGCCAGGAGAGUGAUCAUGGAGCGCAUCGGCCUGGCCACUGCAGGGGAGCCGUACCACGACAUCCGUUUCAACCUGAUGGCAGUAGUGCCCGAUCGGAGGAUGAAGUAUGAGUCCAAGCUUCACAUCCUGAAGAUGAACCGCCAGACUGUGCUGGAGGCCUUGCAGCAGCUUAUCCGAGUCACCCAACCUGAGCUGAUCCAGACCCAGAAGUCUCAGGAAUCUCAGCCUACUGAAGAGGCAAAGCCAGCCAGCAGCAAGACCGUGACUGCAGAGAGCACCCACCCAGACAGCACUGAUGAGCCCCCGAGCCAGGGCCACCCCGUGGCCACACAGAGCCCACCCACCCGAUCCAAGCCGGUGGUGAAGACGUCAGCAAGCACCAUCAACGGGGCGCCUCCAGCAAACCCCAACCCCAUCAUGCAGAGGUUGCCAGCCUUCCUGGAUAAUCACAACUAUGCCAAAUCCCCCAUGCAGGAGGAGGAAGACCUUGCGGCAGGAGUGGGUCGCAGCCGGGUCCCAGUCCGACAGCACCAGCAGUACUCGGAUGAUGAGGAUGACUAUGAUGAUGAUGAGGAAGAGGAAGUUCGUAACACCAACUCAGCCAUCAGGUACAAAAGGAAAGGGCAAGUAAAGCAAGAGCACGCAGCAGGGGCUGCGGAUGGCCAGCUCUCUGUCCUCCAGCCGAACACCAUCAACGUCCUGGCUGAGAAGCUGAAGGAGUCGCAGAAGGAUCUCUCCAUCCCCCUGUCCAUCAAGACGAGCAGCGGCGGAGCUGCCGUGGCGGUUGUCACUCACUCCCAGCCCUCUCCCACCCCCAGCAACGAGAGCACAGACACCGCCUCCGAGAUCGGCAGCGCCUUCAACUCCCCGCUGCGCUCUCCCAUCCGCUCGGCCAACCCCACCCGCCCCUCCAGCCCCGUCACCUCCCACAUCUCCAAGGUCCUCUUUGGCGAGGAGGACGGCCUGCUGCGCAUCGACUGCAUGCGCUACAACCGGGCCGUCAGGGACCUGGGGCCCAUCAUCAGCUCUGGGCUGCUGCACCUCACAGAGGACGGCGUGUUUUGCCCGCUGGCUGUUGCAGAUGGGGGGAAAAGCUCCCCCUCGUCCAUCAAACCCGGUGAAGAGGCCCAGGUUGCCAUCAAACUGGAGGAGAAGGAGGGCAGUGAGGCCAGUGACAGCAAAGAGAAGGUGGGACUUGGCAGGACCAGUGAUCACCCUGGGGGGGAAAAGUAUUCUCCCAAGGAGCUGCUGGCACUGCUGAAGUGUGUGGAGGCAGAGAUUGCAAACUACGAGGCCUGCCUGAAGGAAGAGGUGGAGAAGAGGAAGAAAUUCAAGAUUGAUGACCAGAGGAGAACCCACAACUACGAUGAGUUCAUCUGUACCUUCAUCUCCAUGCUGGCCCAGGAAGGCAUGCUGGCAAGUCUCGUGGAGCAGAACAUCUCCGUCCGCAGGCGGCAGGGAGUCAGCAUCGGCCGUCUCCACAAGCAGAGGAAGCCCGACCGCCGGAAACGCUCCCGUCCCUAUAAAGCCAAGCGUCAGUAGCCUUGGGGUCAAGACUGUGAGGAACUGGCCCUUGGGGCUUUGGGCAGUGGCACUUGGAUGUAUCUUACCCUUUGCCAGAGGAAGAGGGACCCCAGUGAGAAGCCCUUGGCCGAGGUGGAGCCUCGGGACAAACAGAAAUUGGGUUUUCCUCUGAGCCUGAGUUGUGAAAGGCAGAAAUGCCUUGUUCAAGGAGAGACCCUGCAGCAACGGGUGAGCCUCAGCUGCUGGACUGGGCUGUGGCCAUGCGCAGACGCCCUGGGCCUGUGUCUCCGUGCCGUGGCUGAGGACUAUGGCAGGAGGGAAAGAGCCCACCUGGUGGGGGUGGGCCUGGCGUGGGGGCACCGGCGAUGCUGGUGUGAGGCUGUGCUGGCCACAGCUGGCUGUGGCUUGUGUCCUCCUGUGCGUGCAGGCCUUCAGCUCUGUGCUUCCCCAAGACAGUCAUGUCUGUUUUCUGUUCCUCUCCCUCCCUUUACAAAA